GAGAAAACUCUCUGUGUGAUGAAGUUCGCGGUGUGCAGGAAAAAAGGUUGUUGCGUGAAAAUUGGCGCCUCUUCGGCAGCACACAUAUACUCCUUUUGGAGGAACAUUCGUGAAUCCCCUGACCAGGAAAGGAACUUCCCAAUACGCAUCACUUGAAUUUGUAACUUUUCCUUUAAUCAAUUUUCCAUCAUCACCUGAGUUUUUUCAUCAUCAUCUCUCCAUGCGCGCCAGCAAAGUGCUUUUUAAUAACGACAAAUUACAAACCACCGAAUUUUUGUGAAGCUCCCCCCCAGAGUUUGGGGGUAUAUUUCUGUGAGACUUUUUGGAGGGAAAGAAAAACGAGAUUUUCAUUGACACCCCGCGAAGCAUUUGAGAAGGAAAAGAAAAGUGUUUGACUGACCUAUUGGCCUACAAAAGACGACGACAAGUGUGUAAAGGAUGCGCAUUAUAGAAGAGGCAACAACAAAGUGCUAAAGCAGAGCACUUCACAGCGGGACCAAAAGGAAACAAAUUUGUGUGGCCAGGAGGGCAGGGGAAGAAGCUCCAGGAGAUGGAUUUCUGUGCCGAUGGACGAAUGGCCGAUUUAUGCCUCCAUGGGCCAUGUUGUGUCAUCUUCAUGAUCCUUGGAGCAAUUCAAAUUACAUCCGGAAUCUACUACUACCUCACCAUUCCCGUGUUCAAGCUCAUCUUCAACAUCACCAUUGGGUGCUCUGUGGUUGUCAUUGGGAUCUGCGGGGUGAUUGUCGUGUGCAUUUGCACAUCAUCAACGAGGAAAUACGAAAUUCUCCUCUAUUGCUCCACAUCAAUCAUCUUUCUCAACACCGUUAAUCUCAUCUUGCUGGAAUUUGGCCAAAUUCGCGAUGUUUUCCACGAGCCCACCCGUACGGGGGCGACACAGCGACCGCAGGAUCCACAUUUUGAAUUUAUCCCCUCCGAGGGUGGACGUCUCAUCACAUCAGUUACGGCCAUUGUGUCCGUCCUCGUGGCCUUCCUCGAGUCCCAAAUCACCUUCUGCUGCCUCAAUCGUGUGCAUCAAGCGCAGCAGAAAGCUCUCGCUGAAUCCUACCGGAAGCGACGUGUGGAACGUGGUUCAGACCAGGAGUACGUGCUGGAUAAACGAACGGAUGAGCCAACGCCGGGAAAUUCCCACAACAGUGCUGGUGCUACGAAGAAACCCAACGACAGCACAAAGAUUGAAGUUUACGCACAAUCGUGGGUCUUUGAGGAAUCCCACGCUGUCACCACGGGCAUGCCACCUGAUUCCCCAGCGUCAAUCUCCUCACCCGAAAAUUCCACCCGAAAGCAACACGUCAAAACCCAUCCACGGCGACAUCGUCGCACCAAGAGUGGUAGCUCACAGAUGGUUAGUUUUUCACGCGCCACAACACCCAUUCCCCCCUCCACGCCCGUUCCACCAGACCACGAGCGCCCACAGCAGCAGAAUCAUUCACGCCAGAAUAGUGAUUUCCUCGCCGUGACACCCCGUCGGGAGGCACGUAGCCCCAAUCGACCACCCAAAAUGGGAUUCAAUGAUUUCGAUUCCGUGAUGAAGCUCAAAAGUAAAAUUGCCAACACAGCCCAAGCGGAUGCAUCGUACGCCACACUCAUGGCUGAACUGGAGCGUUCCCUCAGCGGUAAACAGGUGCGCUCACCGGCCCAUUCUUCGGAUGACAGUGUGGCCACCCUGACGGAUCAUCCACCCUCAAAUUCAUCCAAAGAAGAAUUCAGCCGGGAACUCGAGGCAGCUCUGCAGCUAAUUCAGGAUCUCGAAACCCCCUCGGAGUGCCCACCAACGGCCACAACAUUCGGCUACGGUGAGCUCAAUCGCGCUGGUAGCGAUAAAACCCUCAGUGCUGUCUCCCUUACAGACUUUACCUCCCCGGAUGCAGCUCCCUCCGCUGCAUUUCCCAGUAAUUCUUAAAGAACAAAACCAAAUCCUCCGUCUAUGAAUUUCCUCCAUAUUGCUUUAGCUCCUAUCACAUUAUUAUAAAAAAUAUCGCUUAAAAGGGCAUUUAUCUGGUGAUU